GCGACGCGGUGACGUCGCGGGCGGGGUGAGAGGUCACGGCAGCGGCGCCGGUGCGAGGGCAGCGGAGCCGCGUCCCGGCCCCGGUCAUGGCGGCCCGGCGGCUCCGCGGCGCCCUCCAGCUCGGGGCGCGGCAGCGGCUGCGGGCCGCGGCGGCCCCGCCGGGCAGGCACACGGCCCUGUGUGGCCUCCGGCUCAGCCGGUUGGGCCGGCCAGCCAGCGGCACUGAGUGGGAGCCCCGGACCCAGCCCAGCCGGUCCUUCCUCAACCUCACCAACAAGCGGAAGGAGUACUCGGAGCGGCGUAUCAUCGGGUACUCCAUGCAGGAGAUGUAUGAUGUGGUCUCCAACGUGGAGGACUACAAGAACUUCGUGCCCUGGUGCAAGAAGUCGGUGGUGGUCUCCAAGCGCUCGGGCCACGUCAAGGCCCAGCUGGAGGUGGGCUUCCCGCCCGUGGUGGAGCGCUACACCUCCAUCGUCACCCUCGUCCGCCCCCACCUCGUCAAGGCCGUCUGCACGGACGGGCGCCUCUUCAACCACCUGGAGACGAACUGGCGCUUCAGCCCCGGUAUCCCCGGCUACCCCCGCACCAGCACCGUGGAUUUCUCGAUCUCCUUCGAGUUUCGCUCCCUGCUGCACUCCCAGCUGGCCACCGUCUUCUUCGAUGAGGUGGUCAAGCAGAUGGUGGCAGCCUUCGAGCGCCGGGCAGCCAAGAACUUCGGUCCCGAGACCCGCAUCCCCCGGGAGCUCAUGUUCCACGAGGUCCACCAGACGUGAGGGCGGCCUGGCCACCGUGGACUGUGCCAGGGCCCCGGGGCCGCCCACCCUGCACCCUCCCUCCUAAAUAUUUAUUUGAGUGCAUCUCUGCUGCCGUUGCCUCAGCUUCCCUCCCGGCCCUGGGGGGGCGAGAGGUGAUGCUCCUGUGAGCACAGGGGGCUGCCGUGAGCCCCCAGCCCCACCGCAACGCUGCGGGAGCUGCGUCCCAGCGCUGGACUCCCUGGUUUUGUAGCUGAUUUUGGUUUUAAAUUUUGUUUUAGUUCUUGGGAGCUCUUCCCCCCCCCCCACCUCCUUUUGUUCCUUUUAAGUCCUCGGCAAGGCCAGAGGGUCACAGCGGCGGGGCAGGUCCUGGGCCAGCCGUGGCUGGGUGAGGCAGCAAGUGGCCAGGGAAGGAUGGGGGCCGGCUGCUGGGGGCCCCCUCCUCCCCCAGCUCUUCCAGGAACAAAAGGGAAGGAGAAGGGCGCAGGGACGAAACCCUCCCCUGCGCCCCUGGGAGCGGAGCUGCCGCCUGGCCCCUUGCCCGCAGCCGGGCACCGGAGCCGAGGGACCCCCGGCAGUGCCCGCUCUGCCACCAGACCCGAUGUCGCACAGUUUGCACAAGUCACACGCACAGGAUGGGGACGGGGCAGCUUGUGCUGCCCCCCCCCCCCGCCACCCCCAAACCCUUGCAGCCCCAGCACCCGCUGCAGGCUGAGGUGCCGGCACUGCAGGGACCAGGAUGGCCCGUGGCCCCCGCCACCCCCAGCGUUCCUCCGGUUCCGGCUCACCUUUCCUUACCUUCAGUGGGGAAAUGUGGGGGCCCUCCAGCUCCACCAGGCCAAAAUGCCCACCCGGGGAGGGGGGCAGGGGGUCCCUGAGCUGCCAGCCCCCAGACCCCCAGUUCCCCCCCUGCUCCAUCCCCGUCACUGAGGGCACCCUGGCCUUGCUGCCCAAGGAGGGGCUUUUACAGGCCAAUAAAGAGCAUUUUUCAAGGGUGAGCAGCUUCCUGGUCCUCAUUUGGCAGCCAUGGGAGAGGGGAGCUGGGGCAGGGGAGGCCUGCGUGCUGAGACAACCCCCCCCAACUCCAAGCCAGGCUCGUACCUGCGGACAACACCGAGCCCGGCGCUGCCAGCUUGCCAAGGGGCCAAGUGGCACUGUGCUGGCCCCAGCAGAGCCAGAACAGGGCCUGGGGACACGGGGCAGCCCCCAGGCAGGGUGGGGGCACCAUCCCCUGACCCCCCCCCCGCCCCCCGCACAGCAGAGCACAGCCCAGGGGUUGGGGUGCUGCCCUAGGGGACCUUGGGGCCAGAGGGAGGGAGGCUCCGGGUUUGUUAAUAAAAACAUUUAUUUUGCA